AUCAGUAAAUAAUGGAGGUGUGGUUUGAAGGGUGAAGCCAGCCCCUUAUCAUGAGAACUAUUUAUACCUUUAAGAGAUGAAACUAAAACUCACUUGUUCCUCACCAUCACAACAUGUAUCUCCUCAUUCUGGUCCUUGGGAUUGUGCUUCUCCCUGAAGCCAGUACCCUGAGAUGUUAUGACUGCUAUUCAGGACCGGAUGGAAACUGCACUAAAACAGCACAAUGCCCUUCAGAGAAGUAUCUGUGUGCUGUACAAAGAUACGUGCAUUAUACAAAUGGUUCAGAAGAUCGGAAUGACACUAUAAGAUCAUGUGCUUUGCCUAAGGAGUGUGGAGAGCUCUCACUCAGCUAUGGAUUCGACAGAGGCGUAAUUGCCAGUAAAUGUUGUAACACCGACCUCUGCAACACCCAACCUGUCCCAGAGAUCACCCCACCUGUUCCAAGUGGCAGAAAGUGCUCCACUUGUGAUAAACAAGGGUGCAACACAACUCUAAACUGCCUGGGGAAUGAGGACCGCUGCAUCUUAUUAACAAACUAUUUGCCUGGCUAUAUCAUGACUUUGAAGGGCUGCGCCUCUGAGGCAGAGUGCCGCUACAUGCAAACUGCAUCAGUGACAGAAACCACUGCUGUAGAAGUGAACUGCUGUCAGGAAGACUACUGCAACAGCGGCAGCAGUACAAGUACUCCAACUACUAGUACAACUACUGGUACAACUACUACUCCAACUACUACUACAGCUACUACUCCAACUACAACUCCUAAUGCAAGUUCCAGUACAAGUGCUGGCCUCAUGCUGCUGGUGGCACCACUGAUCUCUUUGGUUCUGAGCUGAUGGAGAAAGAAGAAUCACUGCCCAGAUUUGCUUCAUAUCACUGUGUAGACUCGUAGCACUUACUGCCUCACACAUGACCUUAAGUGAUAUGUGACAAGUAGAAAGUUUAGUAACCAACAGGAAAAA